AAAUAAAAGCCGUCGCGUGCGCGUUACGCACGAUGCUUCUUCUUGUUCGUUGUCAAAGUCGGAAAGCUCCGUCUUUCCUUCCUGCCUUCCUGAUUGCCUUACUUAUCACCCACCCCUUCAAUCGAUCUACCGGAAGGGGAAUAGCAGUAGCAAUGGCGAAGCAGAGUCUGUUUGAUCUCGAGCGCCACUUCGCCUUCUAUGGUGCCUACCACAGCGACCCCAUCAACGUCCUUAUCCAUAUGAUCUUCGUCUGGCCGAUCUUCUACACCGCGCUCCUUCUCUUCCAAUUCACUCCGCCCUUGUUCCGCCUUCCCUUCCAUUUCGCCAAUAGCCAGACGCUACCCCUUAAUUUUGCCUUCGUCUUCGCCCUUGUCUACGCCCUCUUCUACGUUCUCAUGGACCGGAAGGUCGGCUCCCUCGCCGCCGCCCUCUGCUUCCUCUGCUGGAUCGGCAGCCAUGCCCUCGCUCUUCGUCUUGGAUUUUCCCUCGCCUGGAAGUUUGUUUUGGCAGCUCAGUUAUUUUGCUGGACUUCCCAAUUUAUAGGCCAUGGAGUAUUUGAGAAACGAGCACCGGCUCUUCUCGAUAACCUUUCUCAGGCCUUCUUGAUGGCUCCAUUCUUUGUCCUGCUUGAGGCACUUAAUCUUAUCGGGUACGAACCGUAUCCUGGUUUCCAUGCCAACGUCCGUGCGAAGAUUGAAGUAGACCGCAAAGAAUGGCAGGCAAGCAAGCAGAAGAAGUCUCGGUGAAUCGCAGAAACUUAAACACACUUGUCCUGUACACCAAUGAAACAAACGGUAAGCCAAAUAGCAGUAUGAAUAAUAGUCAGUGUAAGGAACACAAGGCGUCUCUGAUAUUAUUUGUGUAUAUAUAAUCAUAGAAUUAAACAUGAUAGAUUUUUUUUAAUGUUAUAACUGAAUACUAUAAAAAUAUGGAGUCACUAAAUGUAUUCACUUUUUCACGAGUAUGGUCAUUCACUUUCA